CUAACAAACUAACAAAGCAAGUAAACGGUUGUAUUCAGGUUAAGAGAGGUCACCCGGAUAUGGUUCCCCCUAGACUGCAGUUAAGCCGGAUUGUAAUUACCAAGUUCAGUUUCUAUGAUAGUUAUACUGCGGAAGGUUCUCAAACAGCCUGAAGUCUCGACUAAAGGUCUUCAGACCCUCUCAAUCUGAGUCUCUAGCGGGCGACUAACCUCCACCGGAGUAAACAGAUUGAGGCCCUAUGAACAAAACCUCCACUACCGAAGUGAAUCCGGUACAGAAUAGUGAGUUGGCUCCUCGACUAAAGUCACCAACUCCCUACCUUCAAUCAAGGAUGCUCUAUCAACCUAGGCAGAUAUUCUCAUUCUAGGUUAAAGCAGAAACAACAGGAAUUUGAUCAGGAUUCAUGCCAUUCAAUCAUUCAAACCUCAAUUGAACAUAAUCAAAUCAUAGAAUCAGUACUUGGGUUCAUACAAUCAAAGCCUAACAUACAAAUCUAGGGUUCUCCAUACCCAGAUGAAUGGGAGAACUACUCCAUGGAGAAAGAAGCAAAAGCAGAAUCAGACGCGGAAUUCAUACUGUGAAGGAUGGAUUCCUGCUCCUGGACGUUGAUCGACACUUCUCCAAGCUCAAACUGGCCUCCAAUGGUGAUGAAGAUCAAGCUAGGGCACUUGGAGACUCUUGUUCGUCGCUUUCUCUCUCUAGGAAUCGCUCUAUCUCUCUCAAAACUCGAAUCCCCUUCUGUUUUGGCUGAAAUUUGCUUAAAAGGGCAUCAGUGGCCAAAGCACGGUCGAGGGCACGGCCGUGUAAUGCCUCAGCCCGCCCGUGCUUUGGCUAGGGUUAAUUACACGGCCAUUGUGUUGGGAGAAACACGGCCGUACUUUUGGGAGGACACGGUCGUGCUUUGGUGGACACGGCCGUGCUUUCAGCCCGUGUUUGCAGCUUGAAUUUGCCAAACUCAAUUAGCUCUCGGCAGUAAAAGCACGGCCACAGAACAUGGCCGUGUUCUGUUUUAGGUGUGCCCGUGUUUUGGCUCCAGCUCGACGAAAUGACUUCCGAAUGCCCCGAAACUCGUGCUUAGCCUUUCCUUUGACGCCUGGGACCUGAAAUAUGACAAAAUAACACAACCCGACGUAAAAUAGGCCAAAAACACACGACUAUGCCUCUCAAACGGAUAAGAACUAGGGGCGCAAAUAUAUGCAAUUACAUCAU